AUGGCGACUUGGGAAGAGUACAUAGCUUCCCAGCAGAACAACGAUGGAGUCCAGUUUACAUGGAACAUGUGGCCACACAGUAGAAUUGAUGCCCAACGUUUGGUUGUUCCGCUGACCUGCUUCUUCACUCCUCUGAAAGUACGUCUCUUUCCAGAAAUUCUGGAAAUCAUGUUUUUUAAGGAGCGUCCUACUACCGAAGUGGUACAGCCGUCGUUAGAAUACGAUCCAGUCCUUUGUCAAAAGGCCAGCUGCAAAGCCAUUCUGAAUCCUCUUUGGUGAGAUUAAAAAAAAUUUAAUCAUUAUUUCUACAAGUAAAUUAUUUUAGCGCUGUCGACUUCCGUGCCAAAAUUUGGAUGUGCCCGUUCUGCAAUAACCGCAAUCCUUUCCCUGCUCACUACGGUGCAAUUGCCGAAGAUAAUCGGCCUCCUGAGCUCUACCCUCAGUUCACAACAAUCGAAUACACUCUGAAGGUAAACGUAGGAAAUAAAAUUAACAAAGCGUUUGAUAUUUUUCCAGAAGGCGACGACGAUGCCACCUAUUUUCGUUUUUGUUGUGGACACCUGCAUGACUUCAGAAGAACUUAAGUCUUUGAAGGAAUGUCUCCAAGUAAGUAUGAGCGACGGAACGUAUAAAUUCUUAUAAUCAGACUGCAUUGUCUCUCCUUCCUGCUGAUGCUCUUGUUGGAUUGAUCACCUUCGGCAGAAUGAUUCAACUUCAUGAGCUUAGCACUCAAGGAAUUUCGAGAAGCUAUGUAUUCAAAGUAAGCGUGUGAUAUUGUAUAAAAAAAUCAAAACAAAUAGUAUAGUAGAAUAGUAACAUGAUUAGUUUUAAUAAGUUGAAAAUGACCACAUGUGUUGCCUUUUAUAAUACACAAAGCAUUGUUAAGUGGAAUAAUGUCGUUUUCGAAAAAUGCGCUCAAUAUUUUGCCUAUCCCAUCACAAUAUUCCCUCCUAUUCGAUGGAGUCGCUUGGCGGGUAAUGGGAGAAUGGUCAGAGGCAGAGAUGGCAUCUGUAAUUAACACCUGAUGCUAUUUCGCUAUUGUUGAAGUUGAGAAAUGAGCGUUAAACAUUAAUUUCUGUUUUCAUCGCAUAUGCCAUGAGAAGUUCAGGGGUUCUCAUAGCUUUAAUCGAAACUCACUUGUGGAGAAUAUACGUGAUAGUAAUUAUUGGCAGGAGCCAUCAUUCUUCGAUGGAUUAUUUCUUGAUCAAGAAUGUCAGCCAGUUUGCGAAUACUCGUUUUAGCUUUUGCAUUCACGUCGGCGUAUGAAAUCGGACGAACAACGAAACUGUCCAUCGACUGAAGAAAAAUUCCCAAAAGCAGAUAGAGCAUGUAGUAGCGCAUCCCUUGACCAAUUCAAAAUACUGAAAGCGAAAUAAUUUGACCUGAGACAAAAAAAAAGAAAAAAUCGUGUAAAAGUUUGUGAAAAUUUGUUAGAUACUACUGCGGAAAUCAUUUUAAGAAGUUAUCUAAACUAUUCUAGGGUUCUAAAGAAGUGACCGCGAAGCAAAUCAAGGACGUGCUCGUUUCCGGAAUGGCGAGACCAGUUGCUCCAGUGGCUGCUCCAAAUUUGGCUUCGAUGGGUGGAGCACCGAUUGGAGGUGGGCGGAGUUUAGCUGGAAACUGAUGAACUCGGCAUUCAUUAUGGAUGUAGAGAAAAGAGUCUGUUUUCUGAAUGAUACGCAUAUACAUUGUGAAUGGUGAUGUUUUGAUAGUUUUCUCCGUUUUGUCUGACUUCGCUCAUGCAUUGUAGAUUUAAAAGCUGUUGAUAUGAGUUGCAUGUUCUUGGUAAAAUAUGAUCUUUCAGGGCCGGGAUCGGUCGGAGUUCGUCUACCAGGCACAACUGGUGCACCUGGACAUCCUCAGCUAGCGCAUUUACCUCCAACCAAUAAGUUUCUCCAGGUGAGCUCCUUUAUAAGGUUCUUCUAAUUUUUGGAAAGUUUAGCCGAUCAGUGAAUGCGAUGAAUCUAUCAACGACCUCAUUGACCAAAUCAGUGUUGACCGCUGGCCGGUCCCUCAGGGGCACCGUCCACUUCGUGCUACGGGAGCAGCACUUGCAGUUGCUGUUACUCUCAUUGAGGUGAUUUUUACUUUUUGAAAAUAUCUGUUAGCUUUUUUACAGUCAUGCUUCCCAAGUACUGGUGCUCGAAUCAUGUCUUUCAUUGGGGGAGCAUGCACACAUGGACCAGGCGCCGUCGUCGGAGAGGAGCUGAAAAACCCGAUUCGCUCGUGGAACUCUAUCAAGGAAGAUAACGCAUCAUUCAUGAAAAAGGCUGUCAAGUUUUACGAUGGUCUUGCGGGAAGAGUCGUAAAGAAUGGUCAUGCAGUGGAUAUAUAUUCAUGCGCUCUUGAUCAAACUGGUCUCUUGGAGAUGAAAAAUCUGUUCAACUCAUCUGGAGGUCAUGUUGUUAUGGGAGACUCUUUCAAUUCUUCUUUGUUCAAGCAAACAUACCAGCGCAGCUUUGACAAAGAUGCCUCUGGAAAUCUGAAAAUGGGGUUUAAUGCAACGAUGGAAGUGAAAGUAGGAGCUGGUCUCAAAAUCGAGGGUGUUCUCGGCUGCUGUGCUUCGGGCAAUGUUAGAAACGCGAAUGUCUCGGAUCAAGAGAUGGGCAUCGGAGGAACUUGUCAGUGGAAAUUUGGUGCUAUUUCGCCAAGAACUACGAUUGGUGUUGUUUUUGAAAUCGCUGCGCAGCAUGGUUCUGCAGUUCCACAAGGUGGAAGAGGAGUUGUUCAGUUUGUGACUCAGUACCAGCAUGCGGACGGUAGAAAGAGAAUACGUGUCACGACGACAUGCAGAACAUGGGCUGACAUGACAACACAACAACCAAAUAUUGCAUACGGUUUUGACCAAGAAGCUGCUGCCGUUGCCAUAGCUCGCCUCGCUUCCUUCCGUGCUUCAAAUGAGAAUGACACCCCAGAAGCACUUCGUUGGCUGGAUCGAUCUCUCAUUCGAUUGGUUUGUCUUUCUUCAACUUCUCUUAUUUUACCCAAUGUUUACAGUGUCAAAAGUUUGGAGAAUAUGCAAAAGACGAUCCUAACAGCUUCCGUUUGUCCGAGAAAUUCUCUCUAUUCCCGCAGUUCAUGUUCCACUUGAGACGAUCGCAGUUCUUGCAAGUUUUCAACAAUUCUCCAGAUGAGACAGCUUACUAUCGUCAUAUCCUUUUCUCCGAAAAUGUUCUAGAGAGCACGACUAUGAUUCAGCCCGUCCUUUUUAGUUAUUCAUUCAAGUUAGAAAUCAUUCUAUAUAAGUUUUAUAUGCCAAUUGCUCUUUUCAGUGGUCCGCCUGAGCCGGUUCUGCUUGACACGUCGUCUAUCCUCCCUGAUCGUAUUCUUCUCAUGGACGAUUAUUUUCACGUUCUUAUUUAUCACGGACAAACGAUUGCACAAUGGAGAAAACAGAACUUCCAGGAAAAUCCGCAGUAUGCUUCGUUUAAGCAGCUUUUGGAAGCACCAGUUGCCGACGCAACUUCCAUUCUUCAAGAAAGAUUCCCAAUGCCAAGAUACAUUGUAACUGAACAUGAAGGCUCGCAAGCACGUUUCUUGCUCUCUAAAGUUAAUCCUUCGCUCACUCAUAACAAUCCAUAUGCCAACGUGAGUCAAAAAUGCAGAGUUGGAAUCGCAUAACAUGUUUUAUUGCAGGAGGCUGGAGCAGCCGUCUUCACGGAUGAUGUAUCGCUGCAAGUUUUCAUGGAGCAUUUGAAGAAGCUCGCAGCAAGCUCUUCUACUUGA